AUGGCUGAGCACCACCCUUCCCCUCCUAACCUCAUCACGGAGCUGCCACACGACGUAAUCUUCUACAACAUAUUACCACGGCUGCCGGUAAAACACGCAACAAGUUUAAGAUGCGUUUCAAAACAAUGGAACUCCUUCCUAAACACCCGUCUUUUUACCAUCAUGCACCUCGACCACCAUCAAAACCACCACAAACUUCUCUUAUUCUCCGAUACAAAACCAUGCACGCACUUCCGCACUGUCCACUGUGAAACACUUGAUGAUGGUUUCUCCGACAGCCGCUCUUUGCCAUUCGUAGCCAGUAGUUCUAAAAACAUAACGAUUUUAGGAUCUUGUAAUGGACUGGUUUGCGUAGGCGUAACCAAGGAGGGGAGAGAAGAUGGGUAUUACUCUUUUAUGAUGUUAUGGAAUCCUUCAACAGGUGAAUGUAAGAGAAUGUCUGGUGAUUAUUCAGACGCGAAGUGUUACAAGGUCACCGGAAGUGCGUCGGAGUUGUACUACAAAGCAUCUGCUGAUGACUACAUGUUUUUACGUGUAACCGAGGAUGGAGAUGCUUACAUAUAUUCGUUGAAAGCUGAUUCAUGGAGAAAGCUGUAUUGCAUGGAUUUAACACGUAGAAGAACCAAACUUGUUUGGGGUGCGAGUAUUCUACACAAUGGAAACAUCUAUUUCAUAGAUGAGGGUGUCAGAAGAAUUAGAAGUCGAUUAUCGUUUUCAGUUAUAAAGUUCAACACAAAGAAGGAAAAGUUCACAGUGAUGGAAACUCCUCGUUUUGGAGAUGUAACUACUGACUUUUUGAACUCCAUGGUUCUUGAAAAAGAAGGAAAGCUUCACUUGUGUGUGACCUAUAAACGAAAUUCUACAGAUCAGUUGGGUGGAAAGUUAUGGAGGAUGGAUGGAGAUGUAUUUCGGAGGAGGAAGGUGGUGAGGUAUCAGAUACCAGGGAAGUUUUAUUACGUGAAACCGCUGCAUUUGAUGAAGAAUGGGAAUUGGGUCACAGUUUGUCGAUCAGGAUGCCAUGUGAACGAACUCGAUCCAGGUAGGGAUUUCGAAAAGAGUUCGUAUGCAACAACAAAAAAGGAUUAUAAAAUUGAUUUCCGAAAAAAAGGGAUAUAUAUCGAGACUUUGGUGUCGCCCAAUCGAAAGAUGAAGUAA